GCUAAUUUUAGAAGAAAUAGAAAAUUCACGUGGCGUUUACCACUUCCAUUCGAUAGAAGGCGCGGUGCUCUACCAAAUCCAAUUGGUAGUUUGGUAGUUAGCUAGGAGCGAUCCUAGUUAUUGAGAAAUUUGCUAAAAAUGUCAUUGUUCACGUUUGCGAUUUUCGCGCUUAUGAAACAACAGUGUCGAAUUUCUCAUAAUCAAAAAAUCACCGCAUUAUUACCUUGAAUAACUUCCAAUUUACAUUUAAAUUCAAAUGUUUUAUAAUUCGUAUUUGUAAGUGAAUUUGUGUAUACAUUGUAAACCAUAAUGUUGAAAUUCACGCCGCUAUACACCCGCUACGUCAAUCAACGUUUAUCAAAGUUAUCAUUGCUCCGCGCCGGAUCGUAUGAUUUGCAUCAUGCCCAAUUGGCCAAAGGGUUCCGCGCCUUUCCUUCCGGUGUUUUGUACAACCGCGAGGAUGAUCUUCCGAUGGGAGUCGAUUCUAUUAUUGAUCCAAUAGAGUUACAGAAGGCGACGUCUCUGUGGACCAGGCAACAACUGUGUAACAAUAUUAAUGAGUUACUCCACUGCACUCCUCUUGACUCGGAACGAAUAUAUAAAGUGAACAGGAAGAUACUGAAGAUAGUUCCUCCCAAGAUGAUUACGAAUAACAUUCAGCUACUGUUGGAGCGUGGAAUAAGCGAGAAGUCUAUUCUGAACCAUCCGAAGAUUUUGUCGAUCAACAACGACACAUUGGUUAAGCGGCUCAACUGCUUGAAGAAUUUCAAGGAUUUGCAAGACAUAAACCACGUGGUGCCUUUUUUGAACCUUAAUGAAGACGUUCUAGAAAGUGUGAUUACAAAAUCUCAGAAUGAAAAAAUUGAUCACGGAAAUAGAAUUUACUAUCUACACGCAAUAACGGGAGUAGAUAUAGAAACGAUCAGUCGGUAUUUCACCUCCAGCAUUCGUGUGUAUAAGAUAGCGGUGAAAAAAUUCGUACUUAAUCUCGAUAUCUGUUUGGAGCAUCUAGAACCAUCUGAUAUCGUGAGUCAUUUAUCAGUUCUGGCGCACUCAAGCAGAUCAAUUGUCCAGCGACUUCAAAUGUUGAAGAAUUCUCCUUUGGAAAAAAUCAAACCCUGGAUGGUAAGAGUGCCAAACCUGGCACUAGGAAAAUCAUUCGAAGAAGUGAUUGAAAAGGGUGAUGAUCCGGCGUUCAAAGAUCCCCUGACAGAGAUGUGGUUCGAGAACCAUGUUUUAAAAAAACUAGAAAGUUUGCUAAACUGUAGUGAAAAAGAAGCAAAAAGCUGCUACGAUUCGUGUAAAGGGUCAGUAUUUUUGUUGGACAAUGUCGAAAUGCUGUUGGAAAAACAAAUUCGGCGGGACGUCAUUCUAAAGAACCCUACGAUACUCAUGUCGGAAAAAGACGAACUUGCUACGAAAAUAAGCAAACUAAAGGAACUGGUAGGGUUGAGGGAUUUGAACGACACGCUGUCCCUCUGCACGCUAAAAAGUUAUCAAUUGGCGAGAAUUGUUAAGACUAUGAACAGCGAAAGCUUACCGAACAACAGCAAUCGAAUUUAUUAUUUUGCCGACAGAACGGGAAUGGAGCCAGCCAUAGUUGCCACUCAAUUCGCCCGAAGAUUAUUCAUGUUUCGCAUUCCGAAGGAAAACUUUUUGGAAAAUUUGGAUCAGUUCAUAUCGAAUAUGGACAGCGUAGACGUUCUAGCCGAUUUAUGGGCAUUCAAAUAUUCUCCGGUAAUUGUCGCGAAAAGGAUAGCUCGGGCAAAGGAUGUUCGUGGUAAAAAGCUAAUGCCGUGGAUGGUGCGAUGCCCGGACAUUGUGUUGGAAAAGUCACUACUGCUAACGAAGGAGAGCGGAGAGCUACUGGGUGAGAACGAAACAAUCGUCGAGUAUUUUGAAAAGCGGUUGGGAUUUGACAGGGAUGUUACGAACUCGAUUUUCAUGAAAACCCCUUCGGUGAAGAAUGUGCGGAUAACAAAGGUUAAAAGGGUUAUCGAUUAUCUGCUUGAGGAGUUGGACUACACCCCGCAAGAUAUUGCUCUUAAUCCGAGGAUAUUGAUGCAUAGCCUACAAACUACCAAAAAGCGCAUGGCACAACUAAAGGAGAUGGGCUGCCGUCCUCGAUCGUUGGUAAUCGUUUGCAAAAGUCAGCAACAAUACGACACGUUUGUCAAGGAAUGGGAGAAAACGAAGGAGAGGCAAACGAGAGCGCUUGCACAGUGAUUGACCCUAAAGUAUCUAUGUAUGCUUAGUAUGCUAAUGAAAUGAAAUGUAGAAAAAAUAA